AUGACUGGGAAAGAAUUUGUCAAGUCCGGAUACGAACUUCCCUUUUCUGGGUGGUACAUCCUGACGGGUGGACGCUACCUGGGAAACAAAGGAUGGUUCAAGCUGCCACGAUCACUGAGCCUUGGACUCGCUUGGUUCAACUCGGUGUCCAUCAUCAUGCAGUUCAUUCUUCUUUGUCUACCACCCAGCAACCCGAUCACGGCCGAGAACAUGAACUGGGCGUCUGCUGUCGCUGGAGCUUUGAUCAUCUUUCUUCUUGGCAGUUACUGGGCCUAUGGCAGGAGUGCCUACGAACCGAGUGAUGACUUGAUUAUUUGCGAUCAAGAAAUCACGGGCGAGGAUGUUCUGUAG